ACUAACAUUUCAUAUCGUAAAAUGUAAGCUAGUUCUUGUACAAGUUAGUAAAUUUUUAUAUAUAUAUAUAUAUAUAUAUUUUGCAGAAGACUCUAUGUUUGGAGCAGAUAGAUGUUCUCUGGAAGAAAGGGGUAUACUGGUGCUAAUGUCAAAAUGGCCAUAAAGAGCUGAUCAUCCCCAUUUCCGUAACAUCAAGGAGCGUACAAAUUGGACAAAUGAGGACACUUUGUCGCUGGUGUUAUUGCUGGUCGAGAUUCAGAAUGUCUUGGUUUUGCGUCGGACACGGAGAUCUAUGCUUUCCGAGUGUUCACAGAUGCCCAGAGUUGGAACGAACAUAGCUAGGCUUCCUGCUGGUGGGUUUUUGCACAGUUUUCCUUUACUUGACAGCUCUGAGAGUGGCGCUACACAGAAUCUACUGCAAACUGGGUCCUCGAAGGAAGACCCUGCUGUUCUUGGGCUUCUGGAGAUAGGUGAUGGCAGAGUUGGUGUUUACGGUGGUGACUCAAAUUGCCUGGACAGUAGCCACAUGGUCACCAACUGCCAUUGGCUCCUGAAGAAAAUGCUAGAUUUGACCAUUUCAAAUACCAAAGACCUUGUUGUACCUUUCUCGAAAUUUUCGAAGAGAUAUUCACCCGUAGCCACAGACGAGAACCAGCUGCCUUCUCGAAGAACUGAUGUGAAUUUUUCAACAUACUCUUCUGUGAUCGGAAAGGAGCUAAUCUGUCUGAGUGACUCCAGAUUUGAAGUAUGGGGGACUAAAGGGUAUAACUUACACAUCAGAGGAAGGAUCCGUUGGUUGCCCGGUUAGCGUGGCAUUGAUUUAGUUAGAGCCUUGAAUAAUACAAUGGAGAAUACAAGACCAGCACGUUGGAGAUCAGCUAAGGAUGAAGGUGAGCUUAGUUCUUCCCGGAGCAAGAAUCUGGGAGGCCUUUUCAAUAGAGACGAGAUUGACAUGUCAUUUCUUGUUGCUACUCGCUGGAUAGUACCUACUGGUGUUGCAGCUAGUGGAUCUCUAACCAGACAAGGCUAUAUGGAGAAUCAGACAAAAGAGGCGUAGGCGGAGAAGGGCAUCUGGGUCUAAUCGAUUAGCCUAACAAUAACAUAUAGCCGUGUCUGGGUCCAUUAGAUUUUGCCUGCGUACAGCUACAACACAUUUGACUUUUUGUUGCUUUUACUGCCAUUUACAGUGACCACAGAAUGUAGUUUCACUUUUACAUUUCCACAGCUGGCAAUUUUGUUUUAGGAAAUCAAUUUCUAAAAACUUAGUUUAGGCUCUAACUAAUGAGUAAUGACCAUUAAAAUAACAAUAA